GACAAGUCGAGGAGGGAUUGGGAAGCUGACAUUGGAUGUCAGAUGGCAGGAAAGAAGUGGAAAAAUUUCACUACUUUGGAGCUUAUGCUCAGUGUACUUCUGCUUGUGGUGUUUAUCAUCACUAUUCCUCUAUUUGUGCUUUCGGCUAGAGAUUCCUUGGAAUCAAAAGAUCCUGGGGCGACAGUUACCCCAGGUCCUGGGACGACAGUUACCCCAGGUCAUGGGAGGACAGUUACUGCAGACCCUGGGACAAGCACCACCCCUGCUUCUUCUGAGUGCCCAGUGGUAGAUGAAUCGGAACGGAUAAACUGCAUCCCUGACCAGCCACCAACAAAGGCCACAUGUGACCAGCGUGGCUGCUGUUGGAAACCUCAGGGAACCAUAAGUGUGCCCUGGUGCUACUAUACUCAGAGUCAUGGUUAUCAAAUGGAGGGCAACUUUGUAAACACAAAUGCAGGAUUCACAGCGCAGUUGAAAAGGUUGCCUUCUCUAUCCCUGUUUGGAAAUGAUGUCGACAACGUCCUCCUCACAGCGGAAUACCAGACAUCUAAUCGUUUCCACUUUAAGUUAACUGACCAAAACCAGGACCGAUACGAAGUGCCCCAUGAACACGUGCAACCCUUCAAAGGGAAUGCUGCUUCUCCCUUGACCUACGAAGUUGAGGUCUCCAGACAGCCAUUCAGCAUCAAAGUGAUCAGAAGAAGCAAUGAUCGUGUUCUGUUUGACUCAAGCAUUGGACCCCUCUUAUUUGCUGAUCAGUUCCUGCAGCUCUCCAUCCGACUGCCGAGUGCUAACGUAUAUGGUCUGGGAGAACAUGUGCACCAGCAGUACCGGCAUGAUAUGAACUGGAAGACGUGGCCCAUAUUUGCCAGGGACACAACCCCCAAUGGAGAUGGAACUAACUUGUAUGGUUCACAGACAUUCUUCCUGUGUCUUGAAGAUGCUAGUGGAUUGUCCUUUGGAGUGUUUCUGAUGAACAGCAAUGCCAUGGAGGUUGCCCUCCAGCCUGCCCCAGCAGUCACUUACCGCACCAUUGGGGGCAUUCUCGACUUCUAUGUGUUCUUGGGAAACACUCCAGAACAAGUUGUUCAAGAGUAUCUGGAGCUCAUCGGACGGCCAGCCCUACCCUCAUACUGGGCACUUGGAUUUCAUCUCAGUCGUUAUGAUUAUGAGACCCUGGACAACAUGAAAGAAGUUGUGGAGAGAAACCGUGCAGCACAGCUGCCUUACGAUGUUCAGCAUGCUGAUAUUGAUUAUAUGGAUGAGAGGAAGGAUUUCACUUAUAAUCCAGUAGCUUAUAGAGGCUUCCCUGAGUUUGCUGAAGAGUUACACAAUAAUGGACAGAAACUCGUCAUCAUGGUGGAUCCAGCCAUCUCCAACAACUCUUCACCAAGUCAUCCCUACAGCCCCUAUGACAGGGGUUCAGAUAUGAAGAUAUGGGUGAACGCUUCUGAUGGAGUGACUCCACUCAUUGGGGAGGUCUGGCCUGGAACGACUGUGUUUCCUGAUUACACAAACCCCCAGUGUGCUGUUUGGUGGGUAAAGGAGUUUGAACUUUUCCACAACCAAGUGGAGUUUGAUGGAAUCUGGAUUGAUAUGAAUGAAGUCGCCAACUUCGUUGAUGGUUCCGUUUCAGGAUGUUCCACAAGCGAUAUGAAUUAUCCCCCUUUCACUCCCAGGGUCCUGGAUGGGUACCUGUUCCGCAAGAGUCUCUGCAUGGAUGCAGUGCAGCACUGGGGCAAGCAGUAUGAUGUCCACAAUCUGUAUGGCUACUCAAUGGCGAUUGCCACUGAAGAAGCGGUCAAUACCGUGUUCCCUAAUAAGAGAAGCUUCAUUGUAACCCGUUCUACCUUUGCGGGAUCUGGCAAGUUUGCAGCCCAUUGGUUAGGAGACAACACAGCCACCUGGAACGACCUUCGAUGGUCCAUCCCUGGCAUCCUUGAGUUCAACCUUUUUGGUAUCCCAAUGGUGGGUCCUGACAUAUGUGGCUUUUUCUUGGAUACCUCUGAAGAGCUCUGCAGGCGGUGGAUGCAGCUGGGAGCAUUUUAUCCAUUUUCCAGGAAUCACAAUGGCCAAGGCUACAAGGCCCAGGAUCCUGCCUCCUUUGGAGCUGACUCUCUGCUGUUGAAUUCCUCCCGGCACUACCUUACCAUCCGCUAUACUCUAUUGCCCUACCUCUACACCCUCUUCUACCGAGCUCACAGCCAGGGGGACACAGUGGCCAGGCCCCUCCUGCAUGAGUUCUAUGAGGACAGCAGCACUUGGGAUGUGCACCAACAGUUUUUAUGGGGGCCCGGCCUCCUCAUCACUCCAGUUCUGGAGGAGGGUGCAGAGAAAGUGACGGCAUAUAUGCCUGAUGCUGUCUGGUAUGAUUAUGAGACUGGGGGCCGAGUGAAAUGGAGGAAGCAAAAAGUGGAGAUGGAACUUCCUGGAGACAGAAUCGGACUUCACCUUCGAGGAGGCUACAUCUUCCCCACACAACAGCCAGCCACAACCACUGUGGCCAGCCGACAGAACCCUCUUGGUCUUAUCAUUGCUCUAGAUGAGAACAAAGAAGCAAAAGGCGAACUUUUUUGGGAUGAUGGGGAAACGAAAGACACUGUGGCCAAUCAAGUUUAUCUCUUAUGUGAGUUUUCUGUCACCCAAAACCGCUUGGAUGUGAAUAUUUUGCAGUCAACCUACAAAGACCCCAAUAAUUUAGUAUUUAAAGAGAUUAAAAUCCUUGGGACCCAGGAACCUAACAACAUUACAGUGAAACACAACGGUGUCUCAAGUCAAAUUUCUCCUAAUGUCACUUAUGAUUCUAACCUACAGGUUGCCCUUAUCACAGAUCUUGAUCUUAUCCUGGGAGAAGCAUACACUGUGGAGUGGGACCUGAAGAUAAAGGAUGAAGAAAAAAUAGACUGUUAUCCUGAUGAGAAUGGUGCUUCCGCAGAAAACUGUAAUGCCCGUGGCUGUGUUUGGGAGGCAUCCAAUUCUUCUGGAGUCCCUUUUUGCUAUUUCGUCGAUGAUCUAUACUCUGUCAGUGACAUUCAGUAUGACUCCCUUGGGGCCACAGCUGUCCUCUCUUUAAAGUCUUCUUAUGCUUAUGCUUUGCCCUCAAUACCGGUGAACUCCCUCCAUCUGAAUGUGACCUACCAUAAGGAUGACAUGCUGCAGUUUAAGAUUUAUGAUCCCAACAACAAUCGGUAUGAAGUCCCAGUCCCUCUCAACAUACCCGGGGUUCCAUCCAGCACGUCUGAGAAUCGACUCUAUGAUGUCCUCAUUAAGAAGAAUCCAUUUGGGAUUGAAAUUCGCCGGAAGAGUACAGGCACUGUAAUUUGGGACUCUCAGAUCCUUGGUUUCACCUUCAACGACAUGUUCAUCCGUAUCUCCACUCGCCUUUCCUCCCAAUACCUCUAUGGUUUUGGGGAAAAUGAGCACACAGCCUUUCAGAGAGACUUGAACUGGCACACGUGGGGGAUGUUUUCCCGAGACCAACCCCCAGGGUACAAGAAGAAUUCCUAUGGUGUGCACCCCUACUACAUGGGACUGGAGGAAGAUGGCAAUGCCCACGGGGUGCUCCUGCUAAACAGCAAUGCCAUGGAUGUGACAUUCCAGUCCAUGCCUGCCUUGACAUACCGCACCACAGGAGGAAUUCUAGACUUUUAUGUGCUCUUGGGGCCAACUCCAGAGAUUCUCACUCAGCAGUACACUGAGUUGAUUGGUCGACCAGUGAUGGUUCCUUACUGGUCCUUGGGGUUUCAGCUGUGUCGCUAUGGAUACGAGAAUGACACUGAGAUUGCCAGCUUGUAUGAUGACAUGGUGGCUGCCCAGAUCCCCUAUGACGUGCAGUACUCGGACAUCGACUACAUGGAGCGGCAGAUGGACUUCACCCUCAGCCCCAAGUUUGCUGGACUCCCAGCUCUGAUUACUCGCAUGCAUGAUGACGGGAUGCGGGUCAUCCUCAUUCUGGACCCAGCCAUUUCUGGCAAUGAGACACAGCCCUAUCCUGCAUUCACUCGGGGUGUGGAGGAUGAUGUCUUCAUCAAAGCUCCAGAUGGUGGAGGCAUUGUCUGGGGAAAGGUCUGGCCUGAUUUUCCUGAUGUUGUUGUAAAUGCAUCCCUUGACUGGGAUAGUCAAGUGGAGCUAUACCGAGCUUAUGUGGCCUUCCCAGACUUUUUCCGUAAUUCAACCGUCAGAUGGUGGAAGAGGGAGAUGGAAGAACUAUACACCAAUCCACGAGAUCCAGAGAAGAGCUUGAAGUUUGAUGGCAUGUGGAUUGAUAUGAAUGAACCGGCGAGCUUUGUGAAUGGGGCAGUUCCUUCAGGCUGCAGGAAUGCCACCCUGAACCACCCUCCCUAUAUGCCAUAUCUGGAGGCCAGGGACAGUGGUCUGAGCAGCAAGACCCUGUGCAUGGAGAGUGAGCAGAUCCUGCCAGACGGCUCCGUGGUGAGGCACUACGAUGUGCACAGCCUGUACGGGUGGUCCCAGACCAGACCCACAUACGAAGCUGUGCAGGAGGUGACAGGACAGCGAGGGAUCGUCAUCACCCGCUCUACUUUCCCCUCUUCUGGCCGCUGGGGAGGACACUGGCUGGGAGACAACACGGCUGCAUGGGACCAGAUGAAGAAGUCUAUCAUUGGCAUGAUGGAGUUUAGCCUCUUUGGCAUAUCCUAUACAGGAGCAGAUAUCUGUGGGUUCUUUGAAGAUGCUGAAUAUGAGAUGUGUGUUCGCUGGAUGCAACUGGGUGCCUUUUACCCCUUCGCGAGGAACCACAACACUGUUGGGACCAGGAGGCAAGACCCUGUGUCCUGGGAUGACACCUUUGUGAAUAUCUCCAAAAAUGUCCUGCAGACCAGAUACACUCUGUUGCCAUAUCUCUACACCUUGAUGCACUUGGCCCACACGGAGGGCAGCACUGUUGUGCGGCCUCUUCUGCAUGAGUUUGUGUCAGACCAGGAGACCUGGGAUAUAGACGGUCAGUUCCUGCUGGGCCCAGCCUUCCUUAUCAGCCCUGUCUUGGAGCCUAAUGCCAGAAAUGUCACUGCAUAUUUCCCUAGAGCCCGCUGGUAUGAUUACUACACGGGUGAGGACAUUAAAGCAAGCGGAGAGUGGAAGUCCUUGCCAGCCCCUCUUGACCACAUUAAUCUUCAUGUCCGUGGGGGCUACAUCCUGCCCUGGCAAGAGCCUGCACAGAACACCUACUUAAGGUGAACGAUGGGACCAGGUUUCUCCCUUACACGCCAGUUAGCCCAGAUCCUGGUGAAGCCCACCAAUUUGUAAGCAGCACCCUCAGGCCCAAAAGCAAUUUUACUAAACAUUUUUGUUUGUU